UGAAUAAGUUUCAAGCAGAAAACCUCUACUUUAAUUGCUUGUUUUGUACAAAAUUCUUAUUCUGUCGGACAACAUUGGAAUCUUUGAAAAGUUGGGAAUAAAUUUUUGUAGUGAUUAUCUAAGGUUUACAAUUCUUUAUGUAAAUGUGUACCAUAAAAUAUUUUAUUCGAUUUUGUGAAAGUGGUUUUUGUGUUCAAUAACGGUAGUGUGAGAGGAAAAUGUAAUUUACAGUGCAAAUUUGGACAUAAAUUUUCUUUUAAACUUUGGCAGUUUAAAUGGUUUGAAAGUGGUUUAUGUGGUCUGAAAACUUGCCUUUGAAUGUGGAAAGUUGAAAAGGUUCAGCGUGGUAUGUUGAUUAUUAAAGCCAGAGGGAGGUUAUAAAUAAUAGAUUAUUUCAUUGGAAUUGUGUUUUCUAAAAGAAGUCAAAGAUCUCUGGAGAUUAUUGAUAAAUUUUCUUGAUUGAAAUACAACAGUCUUAUAGUUGGAUGUGAAACUUGUGUGAAAGAAGGAUCUAUUUUAAACUGUUAAAAACAUUUCAAUAAGGAUUUAAUUUUAAAUCAUGGAUUCUCAAUCAUCAGACACAGGUGGUGCCAAGAAGUUUUUAUAUACAGGACCAAAGAAAGGCAAUGAUGAUGUUGAGGAUGAUCUACCAUGGAACUUUAAUGCCAAGAAACAAAGUAAUCCAGGUAAUCAGGCAGGUUCCAAGUUCGAGCUGGACAAUGUCUGGAGUAUACAACGUAAUGUGAAUAUCUCUGGUGGUGUAAAACCACCCAAGGCAGACAACAGCCUUCAUUUUAACACCAGUAAAAGCUAUUAUUCUAGACAUGGUGGUGGACAGAAAGAUGACUUUGGUGCUGCAUUUGGAGGGUCUUCAACUGCUAGAAAUGACAACUCUGGAAACACAAACAAUACAGCUCCAGGAGGUAAAACAUGGGGUAUGGGUAACCAGACUGAGCGUAGACCAUUUAGCUAUGCCUAUGGCAAUGACUUGCCAAGUCCAUCAGACAAACCUAUUUCACCAAGAAACAUUUCAAAUUCUAGUGCUGGAAUUUAUCCACAAACCGGUGGAAGCCAUUUUGGUUCACAGACAGGAAGUGGAAUGACUUCUGGGAAUUUAAAUUCAUUAAGGGGAGGUAACUUUAACAAACAAGGAAGUGGGAACUUUUUCAGCAAUGAAAACACAGACAGACUAGUAUCAUCAAGUAAUAACAACUCUGUUUUCAGUAAAUCUCUCAUGUCAUCCUCUCCAUCUGGUGCAAGUAAUUCAUAUAACCCCACACAAAGGAACAGUCUAUUCAGUUCAUCUGCACAGAAAAACCAGUCACAAAAUGGUUUGUUUAACGGUAAUAACCGGCCUUCUUUUGAAGGCGGAGCUACAGGGAGACAGAAUAAGUCAUUCUGGUAAAGAUGGAGAGACAUUUGUGAUAUAAAUAGUGCUUUCAUCAAGUUGCAUUUAAUAUUUCACUUUUCUACAACAUGUGAAUAUUUUGUUUAAGAUUGCAAUAGUUAUUUUAGAUUACUGUUGAAACAAGAUUUAAAGGCAUGAUGUUAUCUGCUUGUGGAAUUAUUAUUGGCCUAUGCCAGUUACUUCUAUAGGCAAAGUCAUUGACUUUGUAGAAGAAAUGUAUUUGUUUAGCGGAAUAUAUCUGUGUAAUGAGUGAGAUAUAGGAAAUAUUCUCACAUGCAUGCCAAAUAUACAUUGUGUAUUCCUCAUUUGUGAUCAAAGGAGGAAAGAGACAAGUGAAUUUGGAAUGUGUUUUAUAUGUUUGUUUUUGCAGUUAACUAAUAUUUAUAUAUAUAUUAUGAAUAAGAUAGAAAUGAAAAAAUCCACAAAAUUAAGUUUUUAGAUAUAACAAGAAAAUUAUGGUUAUUUUUAUAUUCAUGAAUACACCAUAGAAGACGAAUACCAUUAAUUAUGAAGAAUAGUGGCCUGUGUUUGUUACUUUGCUAAACUGUCA